AACAUGAUACCACGUAUGUUUUAGUUGUUAAUGGAUGUUGACAGCAAAGAAUAAAUUGGAUAAAUCCCAAUUGAACCACUGCCUUGAGAUAAGAAAAUAAAAAUAUGAAGAUUGAUGCAAGUUUUGUUUUGUUUUUUUUGUUUUUACAUCACACAGGAAGCAGAUGAAAAGAGGCUUUGUGAAUGUAGUGGCCGAGGCCACUGGAAUUCAACCUCUCAUCACUCGAGGAACGUUGUUGAAGCCUUAAAUUUUGGAGUUUUGAGUUGUUCACUUCACUCGUGUGCAUAUUGAUCUUUGACUAAAAUAAACAAUUACAAAAUAAUAAUAAUAAUAAUAAUAAUAAUCAAUGUAUAAAACUAAAUGCACGAGUGUUGGUGGAUUUAACUGAUCAAACCACCUCUUUCUUUCUUUUUAUUUUUUGUUUACUUCGAUUCUCGAGAUGGGUUUCGAGCAUUUAUGGCCAUUGAAUGACACAAAUGAAAAGAGAAGCAUAUGUUUGUACUUGCAGUAAAAUUAAGUGUGUGAUUUGGUUUUCUGUAGUUUCACUACUGGGUAAUAUCUAAGUUUGUCAGAUCAUUUUCAUGAGCUAUUUUUAAUGGAUGUUGCAAGCUCUAAAGAUAGUUCAGUUGCCUCGAGUCCUUUUUCUUCACCCAACAUUGGAGCCUUACUAAAGAUUAAGAUCAUUUCAUGGAGUCAAGAGACUGGUUUGCCUGUCACAGUUCGUGUUCGAGUUGGUGACAGAACCUUCAACCUUCACAAGAAUCCCUUGUCUUCGAAAAGUGGAUAUUUCAAGAAAAGAUUGAUCGAGACGACUGAGCUUGAACUGCCACAAGAAUUCCCUGGAGGGCCAGAAACCUUUGAGAUGAUUGCUCUAUUCAUAUAUGGCUCAUCCACAUUGAUUGACCCUUUCAAUGUAGCAGCCCUGAGAUGUGCAGCAGAGUUCCUUGAAUUGAAAGAAGAGUACUGCUCCGGCAAUCUUUGUGAGCGUUUUGAUCUCUAUCUGAAUCAAGUUGUGUUGCAAAGUUGGGAUGAUACGCUGAUUGUUCUUCAGAGGUGUCAAACACUGCUUCCAUGGUCUGAAGAGCUGCUGAUUGUUGGCCGCUGCAUCGAGUCUCUUGCCUUCAUGGCUUGUAUGGAGAUUCUUGACCCAGAAAGGAGAAGGGACAAACCAGUUGUGACAUUGGAGGCCUUGGCGGGCCAAGCUUGGAGUCGCGAAACAGCCAAGGAGAUGGUGAUCCAGGAUCUUUGGAUCAAAGAUCUAAUUGCCCUACCAUUUGGAUUCUUCAGAAGGAUAAUAGGAUCCUUGAGGAGGCAGGGAAUGAAGGAAAAAUAUGUUAGUCCAGUCAUUGUUUUCUAUGCAAACAAAUGGGUACUAUCUAACAAGACACGACAAUUCUGGGAGAAUUCUGGUGAUAGACUUGGCAAUGUUGAUGCUAACAACAGAGUUUCAACUAUACUACAAGGUAUUCUUGAUUUGUUGCCAACGAGAGAGAAGGCUAGGAGAGUGAUUCCUGUUGGAUUUUAUUUUGCAUUGCUUUCUAGGUCCUUUGAAGUUGGGUUGAGAAGUGAAAGCAAGACAAAGUUGCAAGAUCAAAUUGCAUCUCUAUUGCACUUGGCGCAAGUAGAAGAUUUUCUCAUUCCAAAGACUGGGACAGACUCAGUUGCUACUAGCAUGGAGUUAGCUACUAUGGAAAGCAUAUUUUCCACUUAUGUGACACUUAACAUGGAUGCAAACAACACUCCUUCACCGAGAAACUCAGCUGUUGCAGAAUUAUGGGAUUCAUACCUCUCUCUUAUUGCUUCUGAUCCAAAAAUGGAGCCCAAGAGAUUCACGGGACUUGUUGAAACGGUACCGAUAUCUUGCAGGCAGAGCCAUGAUCAACUAUACCAGGCAAUGAGCACCUUUCUGCAGGCACACCUAGAUGUAUCCCAAGAAGAAAAGGGGUUAGUCUGCAAAUACCUCAACUGCCAAAAAUUAUCCCAAGAGGCAUGCAUUGAAGCAGUUCAGAAUGAGCUGUUGCCUUUACGUUUGAUUGUCCAAGCUCUCUUUGUUCAACAGCUGAAUACACACCAAGCCUUCAGAGAAUGCUCAGAUUCCUUUAGGUUUGCAAACUGUCGAGAGUUCUCUGGAAGCCUCUCAAGUUCAAGGUGUCCAAACUCCAAAAGCCAAAAUUUAUUUGAGACUACAAGCCCAUAUAGUGAAGGAGCAGAGCCAGUGAGUAGAACGCUGAGUUUCUUGCUACAAAAAGAUGUUGCAGAACAGAGAUAUGAGUUAUCAAGGAAAGAAUACGAGUCUACAAGCUUCAGAAUUCAGAACCUUGAACAAGAGCUCUUGUCACUGAAGAAGAGCCUUCAAUUGCAGAGUUCUAUAAAGAGAGCAGAACCAAUGCCAGCCAAAGCACAAACCAUGAAAUUAUAUGGCAUGGAAAACAGAUCAUUAAGCAAGAAGAGGAACCCACUUGGGCAAGUUACAGGUUGCAUCGGUUCUGUGAAUUUUGCUUCACAAAGAAGGUAUGCUAGUAGGCUACUGAAAGUUCUCCGCCGGAUUACCUUGUUCGGAAGUAGAAAACCGAAGAAAAAGCCAAGCACACCUGGCUUGGUAGCCAAAGAAGCAUAAUAGAAAAAUCAUAGGCAAAAGAUGUAUGAUAACACUAGUAAAUGAAAAUUAUAUUAUGCUGAAAUGCAAUAUAGUUACAUUAAAAUUAGAGCUAAA